CGCAGCUGAUUUGUGUUGAAGUUUACGUGCUAAUAAAUUUGUGAACGUGCGUCCUGGCCGUGUGGGGUCCGGGUUUUCCGCGCCGGUGUUUGAUGCUUUUCAACAGGUCCCAGUUCUUUUGACCUACCAUUUAGAAGUUCUCCAGGGAGUUUUCAGAAUCAGCCAGAACCACCAUGGGCGAUGUGGAUAUCCCGGCAGGAGUAAGCGAACAGCUUUGCGAUAUAAAUUUGGAGAUUAGAACUUUUCUUGAAAAAUUCGCAAAUUUUCGACAAACGAAUGUUGUUGACAGCGUCUUGUGCCAGAAUCUAUGUCAGCUCGUUGAGGAAAUUGAGUCCUACAUGGACAGCAAUCCCGAGGAGAUCCCAUCUCCAAUGCUGAGUGAUGUCAACAUCGAUUUCAAGAAGAAUCAUUUAGAGCAAGUAGUGUUCUGCAAUAAAUGCCAAGUUAAAAUAGCAAACCGGGUUCAUAAGAUUAGAAAACAUUUAACAUCGGAAAAACAUAUCAGCGGGCAGAUAAAGGGGGAAAGGGAUCACGCAACCAAACAAGUAAAGCUUCCAAAAAAGAUGGCUGCAUUUGUAAGGAGUAACUUUUCCGAAUAUUUGACUGGAACUGCUGCUACGGCCGAUGCGCUCAAACAGAUUCCAGCAUAUGACGCAAUUCGAAAUUCAUUGACGAGGGCCUUGAAAAAUAUCUACCCGAAUAUGAAGGUGCACUUUUUUGGGUCAAGAAUGAAUGGCUUGGGUAAUAAGGAUUCAGAUUUGGACAUUUUUAUUGACAUUGAUGAUAAAUAUAACACACUUCUUGGCUCGAAGCAAGCCAAACAAAAUGUUCAAUUAGUUCAAAAUGAACUUCAGAAGCGAACGGAUGAAUGGAGGGCGUUCACGGCAAUCUUAUCAGCGCGUACACCAAUUCUCCGAGUGUAUAACCAUAAACAUAGCAUUGAUUGUGAUAUAUCCUUUUCUAGCUUAGGAGAGUGCAAUACGCUCCUAAUCAGUUACCUCAUCGGACUCCAACCUAUAUGUCAACAAAUGUGCCUAUUUUUGAAGAAGUGGUUCAAGACUUCUCAAUGCCCCGAAUCCUUUUCCAGCUAUAUGUUUUCUUUAAUGGUUAUUUUUCAUUUACAACGACAGUCUUAUUUACCUGCUGUGUUUGUUUUGCAACAUUGUGUGGAUCCAAGCUGCAUUGGUCCCUGGCAAGGAAACUUUGCCCGCCUGCCACUCGCUGAAUUCAACAUGGAAAAGAUUCCUCAAACACCAGAAAAUAUUUUGCAACAGUUGAUCUCAUUCUUCAAUUUUUAUGCUUCUGUUGACUAUGCCAACAACAUAAUUUGCCCAUUCACUGGAUCUUUGGUGGUGAGAAAGAACUUCAACAACAUGAAAGAAGUAUUUGCAAGAUAUGACUACUACCGAUUGAACAGUGCAGAAAAAGAGGAACUUCGAUUGGGGACACCCAUCUGUAUUCAGGAUCCUCUGGAGCAUAAUCAUAAUGUUGCAAAGGCAAUCACUAACAAAGCCUUGAGCAGUUUUGCCAAUAUUUGUCGAUUAACAGCAAUGGAGCUUAAAAUUCGUCAACAAAGUGAAAAUAAAAAGUAAUGGCAUGAGCUAAGACAAUGACGCACAAACAGAUCAUUUGAAAGGCGACAACCUGUUAAGGACUAUCUCAUGGUCUUUUUUAUCAAAAGUGAACAGAAUCUAUUUGUAUGUUUUUUUUUCGUUUCGUUUUUUUUUUAAUGUUGGUUUCUAUUUGAAUUAAAGCAAGAUCUGUAAUUCAAA